ACAGAGAAGGAGCAGCAGCCAUUUCAGAUCGUCGGGGAUUCGCAGGGAAGUUCUUGCUUCAACAGUGCUUGAACGGAACUUCUUCGCUUACCAGAAGCUCAGACUCCUGUCGCAUUCUUAUAAUCUAGAGGAUUAUAUUUUUGUACGUUUAGUUUUCUAAAAAACAAAAAACCAGCAAAGAUGGAAUCUCAGAUUCGUCAGAACUACGAUCGCGAGUGUGAAGCCGCCAUCAAUCGCAUGGUCAACUUGGAGCUCUAUGCUUCCUACACUUACCUGUCUAUGGCCUACUAUUUUGACCGGGACGACGUGGCGCUGCAGGGCUUCUCUCAUUUCUUCAAGGAGAACAGCGAGGAAGAACGGGAGCAUGCCGAUAAGCUGCUCUCUUUCCAGAAUAAGAGGGGCGGACGCGUCGUCCUGCAGGAUAUCAAGAAGCCGGAAAGGGAUGAGUGGGGCAGUGGUCUGGAGGCAAUGCAGUGUGCCUUGGAGCUGGAGAAGCGAGUCAACCUAGCCCUGCUGGAUCUGCACAAAAUCUCCUCUGGAAAAAAUGACCCUCAUCUCUGUGACUUCCUGGAAACUCACUACCUGAAUGAGCAGGUUGAGGCCAUCAAGAAACUUGGUGACCACGUCACCAACCUCACAAAGAUGGAUGCAGGCAAUAACAGGAUGGCUGAAUACCUGUUUGACAAGCACACUUUGAGCAAAAGCAGUUAAAGAUUAACUCAAUGCAUUCUGCAACCAGACCUGGCUUAAUUGUAACUUGAUGUUAAAGUUGAAAAGCUCUUGAUAAUUUAAUUUACUAUAGUAAUCUAUGCUUUGGUUGCAUCUGGUGUGGAUUACAGCUGUGGUGUUACCUUGUAGUGCCCUGUCAAGUGACUGACGUCCAUGUAUCAAACUGAAAAGGUCUAAUAAACAUUUUGAGCUGGC